AUGACCAGAAUUACCGUUGGAGUUCUCGCCUUGCAAGGCGCAUUCGUCGAACAUGUUUACUUGCUGAAAAAAGCUGCUGCUGGGUUCUCCUCAGGCUCGCAAUGGGAAUUCAUCGAGGUGCGGACCCCGCAGGAAUUAGAGAAAUGCGAUGCGCUCAUCUUGCCCGGAGGCGAGAGCACGACGAUGUCGCUUGUCGCGGAGCGAUCUAACAUACUGGAGCCGCUGAGGGAAUUUGUCAAGGUAAAUCGCAAGCCCGCAUGGGGUACCUGCGCCGGCCUGAUUCUACUCUCCGAGUCUGCAAACCGAACGAAGAAAGGAGGCCAGGAGCUUAUCGGUGGUCUGGAUGUCCGGGUGAAUCGUAACUAUUUCGGCCGCCAAACCGAGAGUUUCCAAGCGCCACUAGAUUUGCCAUUCUUGGAGUCGGAGCAGACUCCAUUCCCCGCUGUCUUCAUCCGCGCCCCCGUCGUCGAGAAGGUCAUGUUCAACCAGGAGGGUGCUCAAACUGGACAGGAGACCAUUGUGGCACCGUCGAAACCGGCGGCGGUUGAGACAAUAGUGCGCGAGGUGGAAAUAUUGGCGAGUCUUCCUGGUAGGGCCGCUAGGUUGGCCAACGAAGGCAAAGUCAAUGCAGACAAGGACACCGGAGAUAUUGUUGCGGUCCGACAGGGUAACGUUUUUGGAACGAGCUUCCACCCUGAAUUGACCGAUGACGCGAGGAUACAUGCAUGGUGGUUGCGCCAAGUAGAGGAGUCUGUGAAAAACAAAGCAUAG